UGUUCAGUCACAUUUCAAACGGCAACGCUGUAUUACGAAAGUGUACCGUCAAAACAGAAAGUGACCAAGUACCGAAAACAUUCACGGUGGAGUGGAACAGUCUGUGGGUUACCAGUGUGUGACCAUGGCCUCCACGAUGUUUACAACGUCGAAAAUCUUGCAGAGGCUGCAGGCUGCUUCAAACCGUGCGUACUCGGAAGGGACUUUUCCAAAAAUUACUACACACUAUACAGUAGUGCCAAGGGAAACGGAUCCAAGAUGGAAAGGCAUAAACAUGGAGAGGUUCGCCGAUGAGACUGAUAUACUUAUAGUGGGUGGUGGACCUGCUGGAAUGUCGGCAGCUAUUCAUGCCCGCAAACUAGCUGAGAAACAUGGUCGUGAGCUUCGUAUCACUUUGGUUGAGAAAGCCUCAGCAGUGGGUGGCCAUAUAUUAAGCGGAGCUUGUAUAGAUCCCAUAGCCCUAAACGAGCUCAUCCCAAAUUGGAAGGAAUUGGAUGCGCCCCUAAAGACCCCUGUAACCGAGGACAAAUUUGCCUUUCUUACUGAAAAGGGUAAAAUCCCUAUACCUAUUUUUAAGGGUAUGCCCAUGUAUAAUCAUGGUAAUUACGUAGUUAGAUUGGGACACGUUGUGAGCUGGUUAGGAGAACAAGCUGAAGCUUUAGGGGUUGAAAUUUACCCGGGUUAUGCAGCAGCUGAAAUUCUUUACCAUGAGGAUGGUUCUGUCAAGGGUAUAGCGACUAACGAUGUCGGUAUAGCUAAGGAUGGCUCCCCAAAAGAGAAUUUCGAACGUGGAAUGGAAUUGCACGCCAAGUGUACCAUUUUUGCUGAAGGUUGUCACGGCCAUCUUGCUAAGCAACUCAUGAAAAAGCUGAACCUUCGUGAGAAUUGUGAACCGCAGUCUUAUGGGAUUGGUUUAAAGGAGAUCUGGGAAAUAGAAGCUUCUAAGCAUAGGCCUGGAGCUGUGGAGCACACUGUCGGUUGGCCGUUAAAUAAAAAUACUUAUGGCGGGUCUUUUUUGUAUCACCUGAACGAAGACACGCCAUUGAUAGCUGUGGGUUUUGUUGUUGGUCUUGAUUAUAGUAAUCCAUACUUGAAUCCCUUCAAAGAAUUCCAGCGAUUCAAACAUCAUCCGUCCAUUACAUCUACGUUAAAAGGUGGAAAGAGGAUAGCCUACGGUGCUAGAGCGUUGAUCGAAGGAGGUUUCCAGAGCCUACCAAAGCUACAAUUCCCUGGAGGUUGUUUAGUUGGCUGCUCUGCAGGCUUUCUGAAUACGGCUAAGAUAAAGGGCACCCAUAACGCUAUGAAGAGUGGAAUGCUUGCUGCUGAGAGUGCUAUAGACGCCAUUAUCGAUGCCGAGACAAACGCCUCGCUAACUAAAGGUCUCGAACCGAAAACUUACACUGAGAAAAUUCAGAACAGUUGGAUCUACAAGGAACUUAAAUCCGUUAGGAACAUAAGGCCUAGUUUUCAUACGUCCAUGGGAUUAUAUGGUGGAAUGAUAUAUUCGGGAUUCUCUAUGCUUCUUGGCGGUAGAGAACCGUGGACCUUGUCACAUGGAGGUCCAGACUACUCGAAGUUGAAACCAGCUGCCGAAGUAAAGCCUAUAGAAUAUCCAAAACCCGACAAUGAGAUUUCAUUUGAUCUUCUGUCAUCGGUUGCCCUUACGGGAACUAAUCACGAGGGUGAUCAACCACCUCAUCUCACACUUAUGGAUGACACAAUCCCAGUGAAGAGGAACUUGGGAAUUUACGAUGGACCGGAAGGACGUUUCUGUCCUGCGGGUGUCUACGAGUUCGUUCCGCUUGAACAUGGCGACGGUCAGAGACUGCAGAUAAAUGCACAAAAUUGCAUUCACUGCAAGACCUGUGAUAUCAAGGAUCCAAGUCAGAACGUCAAUUGGGUGGUUCCCGAGGGCGGCGGUGGACCCGCGUACAACGGAAUGUAAAAUACGAACCGAUCCGCCGAAGAAGGGCUGCACCACUUGUUCCUGGCGAAAUGGCUGCUUCUACAUGUUUGCGACUAAUUAUAUUGGAGUCCAUCGAGGAUCAUCACUUCCCGAUUUCACGAGCGUCCAUUGGAUUGACGUCACGGCGUAUACGCGUAUAUUUUUAUACUUUUUAUGUACAAAAAAUACGUCACUAUAUAUGUAGAGCGUUACUCAGUCCUCAUAUUUAGCAAUUUUUUUAUUACACGAAAUAUUUUUCGCAAAGCGUUGCUAGCGGGUUUAUUCGAAAUCAUUGUGCAAUUUGUUUUUUACAUGUGUAGUUACACAGGAUGUACUGCACUGCACUGUAAAAGAAUUCAAAAUGUUUUUCGAAAACAGUGAAAAUUGUGAAUUAAAGGAUUUUUAGUUUUCUAAUUGAUUUGUGGUACAUCCCGUACAUGUAAAUAUAGCGGUAUAUAGAUAUUGAACGUGUACAGUUUAUUAUGGUUAAUUAUGGCAAUGUAAUUAAAAAUUAAUUUUUUUAA